AUGAGGAGGCUCUUCGGCGGGCUGGGCGCGCGCGGGGCGUCCGGCGAGAAGCCCAAGAAGCCCAUACGCGCCAACCUCGGCGACGAGUCCUCGUUCUACUACGACGAGAAGCUCAAGUCCUGGGUCGAUCGCAACGACAAGAGCGGCGCGGCGGGAGGAGGAGGAGGCGACGGCGACGCCUCGAGCCUCCCGCCGCCGCCCACGUCCGCGCCGCCCACGCCCGCGAUGCCCAUCCGGCCGUCCUCCACCGCGGCGUCCUCCACGAACGGCGGCGACGGCGACGGCUCCACUGCUCCCGGGUCCAAUCCCCUGUCGCGAUCCAACUCGCUGUCGCACGUGCGCAACAGGUACGUUGACGUCUUCGCGGGCGCCGCGUCCACCGCCGUCUCGAGUGGGGCGUCCACGCCGGGGAUGACCCCGGCGACGGGAUCCGCCGCUAACCUACUCGCGCCGGUGCUCCCCGGGUCCUUCGUCCCGGCCCCCGCGGGGGCGAACGGCGGCGCCACCUCGGGGGCGACGGCGGCGACCCAAUCGGGGGGCACAGCCGGCGCGCCAAAGUUUUUCGUCCCGGCGGUGCCGAGCCAGAGCUCGAUGACGGAGACGAGCGCGGAGGACGACGACGACGACGCGGACGGCGUCGGCGGGCAGGUUUCGGGAGCUCACGCGGGGGGACCUCGCGGCGGCGCCACGGGCGGCGCCGGCGUCGGGCGGCUCGGGCUCGAUCGGCUCAUCGUGCCCGACGAGGGGACGACGAUGCUGCGGGGCGAGGGCGCGACCGUCUCGCCCAAGGCGGCCAAGGGGGGCCACCACCACGCGCGCGGGCCGACGCUCACGGCGAUCGCGACGGGGGGAGGAGCUCGCGAGGAGGACACCGACCCUCGGAACGGACCGUCCGGGGUGGGUGGAGACGCGUUGGGCUCGUCCGAAGACGCGAGCGGACCUUUCGGGUCUCCGCCUCGACGAAGAGGGGACGACGCUCGAGACUCCAAGUCGAGGUUGGGCGACUGGGCGCAGGCGCUCGGACGGGUGAGCGAGGGUAUGUCCUCGCCGAAGGCGGCGGCGUCCGCGCGCGUCUCCGAAAACUUCGCCCCGGACGAGCCCGCCGCGUCGGCGUUCUCCGGCUCGGGGGGCGGUUUUAGCGACGCCGUCGGCGGCGGCGCCGGCUCCGGCGACGAGCCCCGAGUCGCGCCCGGCGGUUUUUUCGUGCCGACGAGCGGCGGUUCGGGCGGGCCCUCCACGACGGACGACGCCGGGACUUCGAACGCGCGGUCGUUACUCGGCGGCGACGACGGCUUGCUCGGCGAGCCCGCGCUGCUUCAGCCGGCUGGGGACGGCGGCGGCGGCGGCAAGCGACGCGGCGGCGGCGGUGGGCGGGACUCCGUCGACGCUGGCGCGGCGCCGGAGGAGCUUCCGGAUGUGCCCGCGGACUUGACGUACAGCGAGCGGCGGGAACGCGAGAGGCUCGCGCGGCUCUCGGGGAACGCGGGAUACGGCGUACCCGACGGGACGUCCACGAGCCCGGUCAAGGCUCCCACGUACGGGGCGGGUGCCUACGGGGGUGCCUACCAGGACGAGUAUCGCGAGUAUAGUGACGGGUACGGGGACGGGGCUCGAUUUGGAUACGACGCGGCGACCGCGGAGCCGAGCCUCGACUAUCAGCAGGGCUACGAGCAGCAGCAGCAGCAGCAGCAGCAGCAGCAGCAGCAGCAGCAGAUCCAGGACGGCGACGUGACGUGGUCCCAGGACGAACAGGGUAACUGGUGGUAUCAGUAUCCCGGGCAGGAGGCGGCGAUGUACGUGGACCCCUCGGUCGCGGCGACCGGCGGCGGCGGGGAGGGAAGCUCGGAGACCGUCGCCGCCUUCGACGACGCGGCGGGCGCGAUCCUCGGCGCCGAGACGAUCGAUCCCGACCCUGUCGCGCUCCCCGGCGCUGAGACAAUCGAUCCCCCCCCGUCGUCCGGCGUCCUGGAGAUUUUGCCCGAUCCCGAACCGGAGGCGAGGGUCCAACCGACGACGGCGGAACCGGAGGCGAGGGACCCGAGCGCGACGGCGCCCGCUUUCGCCGCGAGCGGCGGCGGCGGCGGUGGUGACGGCACGCUCGAGCCUCCCCCCGUCGUUGGCGGCUCGGAUCUCCCGCCGCCGCCGACGCGGGCGGCUCCGGCCCCGGGCGCUCCCCCCAACCCCGAAGAUUUCAAAACCGACGAGGACUACGACCGCGCGUGGCAGGAGGCUCUAGACGCCGCGUACGCCGACGCCAACGAGGCGGAGCGGCGCGAGAAGAUCGCGUCGGCGGCUCUAGAGGACGCCGAGGCGGCGCUGGCGUCUGCAAAGUCGGAGAACGAGGCUUUCCGGCGCGAGCUGGAAACUGUCAGGGCGGCGGCGGAGGCUUCCGCGGCGGGGGCUCGCGAGGACGCCACCGCGGCUCGUUCGGAGCUGGAGGCGCUCAGGCUCGAGCUCGAGGGCGCGAGGGCGACGAUCGAGGAGGCACGAGCGGAGGCUGCGUCGUCUCGGGAACGACAAAAGCAGGUCGUAUCCUCCGACGACGCCGGCGGCGACGACGGCAUGCCCGGCGGCGACGGGGGCGACGCCGCCGGCGACGCCGCGCAGUCCGCGCGCGCCGCGGGUUACCGCGCGGGGCACGCGGACGGGUACCGCGAGGGCCACGCCGCCGCGACGGCCGAUGGCGACGAGCAGAUGGAGGACCUGCUCGUGUGCCUCGGGCAGGAGGAGCGCAAGACGGAGCGGCUGCGGGAGCUCCUCGAGGCCAACGGGGUGGACACCGCGCCGAUAAUGGCAGAGCUGGAGGCGGAGGCGGAGGCGAACAUGGCGGCGCAGAUGCUCGGCGGGGGCGACACGACGGCGGCUGACGACGAGGAAACACAGGACGAGGUCGAGGACGGGCCCGCACAGCUGGACGCGGGAGGCGAGCCGCCGGUCAGGGAGGUGACUCGCUCCGACGCCGACGUCCACGUCGACGACACCUCGUUCGCCUCCUCCGUCGCCUUCAUGACGGACGCGUCCGCGCUCGAUCCACCGGGCGCGGCGGGAGUGCGGGGUUUCGGUUUCGGUCCGACCCGCGGGGUUGGUGGGGCGAACGGAGAGGGAUUGACGACGACUCCAGCUCCGGGGUACGGCUACGGCGACGUCUCCAUCGACGGUUCGAUCCACGGCGUCGAGGUCUCCGGGAUGGCGUCGGUGCCGGACACUCCGACGGCGGGUGGCGCGGCGGUGCUCCGGGACAUAUCCCUCCCGGAUAUUCCCGCGUUUCGCGUCGGCGACGAGCCGGAGCCGGAGCCGGAGCCGGAGCCAGAGCCGGAGCCGAAAGAGCCGGACCUUCCAUCGGCGUUUGGCGGCGACGACGACGGAUGGAGGGACGGCGACGAUGGAUGGAACCGGGACGACGAGUGGAACAUCUCCGGGGAGAUCGCCCGCGACGGCGAGGCGGCUCAGAACAUCUCGGGUUGGGACCUCAACUCCCCGAUGCCCCCCGGCCUUGAGGCGGCGCCCCCGCCGACGGCGCCCCCGCCGAUGGCACCUCCGCCGGUGGCAGUGGCUGCGCCCCCGCCGAUGGCUGCCCCGCCGAUGGCGCCUCCGCCGAUGGCACCUCCUCCGAUGGCAGCGGCUGCGCCUCCGCCGGUGGCACCUCCUCCGAUGGCACCUCCUCCGAUGGCAGCGGCUGCACCUCCGCCGAUGGCUGCCCCGCCGAUGGCACCUCCCCCGGCGGCUGUCGCGACGGUACCGUUUGGCUCCCCGUUUGAUGACGCGGUUGACGCGGGCGACGACGUCGCAUUCUUCAACCAGUUCAACGCGGACGUCCAGCCGAUGGUACCGGCGCAGCCGAUGGUACCGGCGCAGUACCAACAACACCAACAACCGCACCACCAGGAGCACCAGCACCAGCACCACCACCAGCAGCACCACCACCAGCAGCACCAGCAGCAGGCGGACGUGUACUCGUUUGCGCCGGUUCAGCCCCAGGCGCAUCACUACUACGGUUACGAUCAGGCGGCGCAGCAGCAGCAGCAGCAGCAGCAGCAACAACAUCAACAGGCGGGAUACUAUCAGCAGCAUCAACCGCCGGGCCAGGCGCAGGUUCAAACGCCGGUGAACGACUCCGCGAUGCACGCGCACACGCCGGGGGGGCUGCAUUAUCAGGCGUACCCGCCGGCGCCGGGAAAGUGGGACUGA